AUUUUGUAAACAAGACGCAAUGGCGGCGUCGAGUGUCAAGUGGGACGUUUUUACCCGCUACAGGAAGUGGGUGACCAGCAACCCUGUGGCAGCAGCUGAGAUGGAAGCUGUGGUGAAGUGGGGGUCAUAUAUCCUGGCAGGACGUUUGAAGCAUUCUACCUUACUCUGUGAGAUUGUGUAUUCUGGAUCAAGACUGUUUGAAAUGUUUAAUGAUUUCAUAAUAAAACAAACAAUACCACAACUCACUACAAAGGAAGGUAACAGGUUGCAGGUAUUGCUAACAGUGAUGGAAUAUGUGGAAGUUCUGGUUGAGGUGGCCGCUGUUCAGCUGUGGGGAGAAGUGGGUCGCUGGGCAGUAGUUAGCAUUAUACAGCUUUCCAAGUGCAUUGGGCGGUUUUUGUUACUGCUGAGGUACAAGACACCCAUAGUGCCAUCUCCUCCUAUUAAACCAUUGGAUAGGAGAGCUGCCAUUAACACCAAGCAGGAAAGACUCAUGUUUGCAACACAUGGUUCAGCAGGUCCAGAAGCAAUGCAGCUGCCACAUUCUGGCCGAGUGAUGAGAACACUGGCUGGAUCCUCGCCCAUCCAUCUACGGACAUUUACCCCUCCACGGCCUCCCAACAAUAAUGAAAAUGAGCCUGUUAUAUCUAGAUUUCCCUCAGCAAAACAUAUGACAGCAGAGGCUAUGCAUAUACUGCGUCCAAUUUGCCACUUAGGUAGUAUGUACCUCUUUGGACAGCAGUCUUGGGCACCUUGGAUAUUGUCGUUAGGAAUGGAUGUAACAAGCUUGAAGCUCUACAACAAGUCACAGCUUACAGCAGCCGAGAAAGCCGAACUUGCUCACCGAAGAAUAAACCUCAUAUAUUACCUUAUGAGAUCUCCGGCAUUCCAUACAGUCACUCACAGACGUAUAAAGUAUUUCUUGACCACUAUUGGAAACAGGAUACCAUUUGCUCAGACAGUUUGUCAGCCAUUGCUUGAUUAUAUCCCCGAGUGGCAAAAAAUAUAUGCUUAUACCUGGAGUUAAAAACCGAUAUGCUGUGAUGUAUAUAAUGUUCAUUUAUGGGGUUUACUAAUUUGUCUUUUUGAUGCUAGGGUUUUUACUAGCCACAAAUUAUUUCUAUACACUACUUAGUUUUGGAGUUGUAAUUAUUUAAUGUUACAUUUGCUUGGUUAGAUAAACAACUUUGUAUAUGUGGCACAUUAGCUUGUUUUGUGGGCAAAAAUGUUAUACAUGUAUUUUAUAUAGAGAUAUUAAAGCAAUAUUUUUUUUAUCAUGUACUUUAUAUAACAUCCAUAUUGCUUAUUAUAUUUUAACUAUGGCCUUACCAAAAACUAUAGUAAUUGCAUUUAUUGAAAAGUUAUGUUGAUUAAUUUAAUCAAGACAAGUAAUUCUAAACUUGUUAUACUUAGUUUUACAAAAUUGAGUUGGUCGUGUGAAUUCUUCUACUGGUAUAUUUUUUUACUUUUACGUUUCAUUUCCAUGGUUUGAAGUUAAUGUUACUUAAUCUUUUAUAAAAUAUUGACACUUAUCCACAUGUAACAUUUCAGUUUCUGACCCGUCUUCCUGUCUUAUCUGCAUCUAUAGUCACCACCCACUACUCUUAUUGGGUUGUAACGUCAAAACUAGCUAGUACAUUUUCACCUGUUAAUCUUUGAAGGAGGGGUGUUAAUGUUGCAGUUUAAAAACUGUAGUGUAAAGCACCCUUCUGGCAAGACAGUGAUGGAGUGAAUGAUGGUGAAAGUUUUUCUUUUUCGGGCCACCCUGCCUUGGUGGGAAUCGGCCAGUGUGAUAAUAAAAAAAAAAAAAUCUUUGAAUGACAAAGGCUUGUACUUUUAUUACACACUUUAUUGUUAAUUGUGCUAAUACCUAUUAAAUUAUUUAAAUCUACUAUUUUACUUUUUAUGUAUUGCAUCUAAACUUUAAACUUUUGAAUUUCAUAUUAGUAGAGGAGUGAAAUAAGCAUCCUCUAAUUUGUUUAGCAUUAAAGGGCUCAUGCAGUUAAAUGUUUAACCCUUAAACUGCCCAAACAUAGAUCUACAUUCACAUGCGUAGUGCUCCAAAAGUAGAUCUACAAUUUUUUACCUAUUUUCAAAUAUAACAACAAAAAAAUGUAGACGCUAAGUUUUUUUUAAAUGCUUUCAGAUGUAAAAAAAAAAAGAUUGUUUUUUUUCCAUACUUUCAAAUGUUGAAAAAACGUAAAUCUACAUUUGGACAGUUUAAGGGUUAAUAUAUAAAGGAUUGUACAUAACUUUAUAGAUCAGGUCCUUAACUGACAGUGAAAUAAUAUGAUAUGAUACAAAGGUGCAGGAUAUACCUAAUUAGAAGUAAGAAUGAAAUGGUUCUCUUAUGACAUUGAGACAACUGGGUGAGUAAAGUUGUGUAGCGUGUGUGUCUCUUGCUAAUGGAGGAUCGAGCCUUCACUACUCUUAUAUUGAAUGAUUCAUAAAGGAUUAGUGUUUCAUAUAUAUUAGUAAGUUAAUAGUAAUAGUGAUAGCAUCUGAGACCCACAACUUGAACCUUCUACUGCACAAGCAAAUAUAAGAAGUAUUAUUGAAACGUACAAGUCUUUAAAGAGGAACCUAUGAAGUUCCUGCAAGCUGUGUCAUUAGUGUGGUUAUAAUGUCUGUGAGUCUUCCUGGCUGUAAGCUGUAUUAACCUGGCUGAUAAGGUUCUUAUCAGAGUGCAUGGGCUCCUAGAGUAGAAAUUCUAAACCAUUUACAGGUAAACCUUAGGCAGUUACAGAAAUUUUAGAGACAAAGUCUGACCAAAAUUUAAAUUACUGUAUUACUAUACUAAAGGAGGGAUUAGGGAUAUUUGCUCUCUGGAGUGACAUCUGAAGUGUCAUAUCUGCAUGCCUCUGCAAAGACAGUAUUAUGUGUGAAUGAUGAUGAAAGUGUUUUUUUUUUGGGGCCACCUGCCUGAGGGGGAGAUGGCCGGCAUGUUAAAAAAUAAUAAUAUAUUCACAAAAGAAUUUUGAGCCUUGUAUAGGUCAUACAGUGCACAAAUGUUUCAAAGUGCAUUGUUGAGAUAAUGCCAGAAAAGUGAUUUGAUUGGAUUGAUAGGGCCAGAAAAGUGUUUUGUUGGUUUUUAGUUGGUUACUUCUGUAUUCUUUAUUUAGAAAAAAAUAUUUUGUAUACCGUAUCUAGAAAUUAUAUGUACAGUAUCUGUA